AUGGAAAAUACACCACCUUGGGUGCAAAUCGCACAAGGCAUAUACAUCGGCACCAUUCUGACGCUUGACUUGCCUAGAUCGAUAGAAGCUUUUCAAGGAAUACCAUAUGCCAAACCUCCUAUCGGAAACCUACGUUUUCGACCUCCGGAAAAGGUCGAGGUGUCCUCGAAUACAUAUGAUGCCACUCGCCUUGGUCCUGCUGCGCCUGGGAAGCAACUUCUACCGGGCAGUGCCAUGACAUACAGCGAGGAUUGCCUGACGGUAAAUAUAUACCGGGUCGCCAGAGUCGAUGUCGAGAACGCGACUGGCCUGCUUCCAGUGGUGGUUUAUUUUCAUGCCGGGGCUUUUAAUCGCGGAACCUCUUCUUCGCACAACACUGCAUCGAUGCUAGCUUGGUCAUCACAACCAUUUGUUGCUGUCUCAUUCAACUACAGACUCGGCGCGUUGGGCUUUCUACCUUCAACAGCUACGGCCAACCAAGGGCUACUGAAUCUCGGCCUGAAAGACCAGAUCGCCCUGCUCGACUGGGUGCAAGAGAAUAUUGCUUCUUUCGGUGGUAACCCACUUGAAGUGACUUUGAUGGGACUCUCAGCAGGAGCCCAUUCGCAACAAUUUGCCGAGUUUCUCUGCGAAGUUGGCAGUCCAGAAAAUGCCAGUGACGACGAAAUCUUUGACUUUCUCAGGUCGGUACCACUGGAGGUCAUCACACAAGCACAAGAGACCAUCUUUGAUCGUUACAACACAAGCCUCCGGUGGGCAUUCCAGCCUGUUAUCGAUGGUGAAAUCAUACGACGACCACCUCUCGAUACUUGGCGCUUAGGGCUUUGGCACAAGAUGCCGAUAUUGACCGGCUUCUGCCGCAACGAAGGGUCGUUGUACGUGAAUAAGUCUAUGCAAACCUCUUCACAAUUUAACGAUUUCUUUGGGAACCUUCUUCCCAAAUUAUCCAAAGCGGACAACAAUCAGCUGAAGGAGCUGUACCCGGACCCUACCAUGCAGCCUCGCUGUCAAUAUGUCGAAACCAGAAGUGGAGUUGGCGCCCAGUACAAGCGAGUGGAAGCCGCAUAUGCUCAUUAUGCCUAUGUAGCUCCAGUGCGACAAACAGCAAAUUUUGCUUCGGCUGCAAUGACUCAGCCCGUCUAUCUCUAUCAAUGGGCGGCAGUAAGCUCGGAGCUAAAUGGCGCUCGACACGGCGACAAUAAAAGGGUGUCCCAAUCAAAUUCCAAAUUCUAUACCGGACAGACCUCGCUGGGCCCCGUAUAA